AUGGGGCCUCCUAUGUCGUCGUCCGCUGCGUUGGACGCGAGCUCACCACGGCAGAAGCGCGAGCGCAGGGGCCCCCCACCGACGAGUUCUAGCAAACAGCCUUCAAAAGAGGCGCCUAAGGGAACUUCGUCGGGGGGCCUCGCUGGAGUCGUCGCUGGAGAAUCGUCUAUCUGCACUGUGGCGCUGGGGAGCGGGCUGAACUAUCGAGGAUACAAUGUCGUGGACUUGGCCCGAGAAGCAACUUUCGAGGAGGUGGUACAUUUGCUGUUGCUCGGCGAGCUGCCAAACCACCAACAGCUGGCGAUCCUAAAGCAGAAACUCUACAGGGCGAGGCAGCUGCCACCUCAGCUCCUAACAGUUCUCAAACAAAUACCGAAAGAAGCCCAUCCCAUGGAUGUCUUGAGGACGGCCUGUUCCGUCCUGGCGUCGACCUUCGCGUGCCGCGUGACUGCUGGGACUCGCAGCGACAUGUACAGCUGCAUUUGCUCGGGAAUAGGGACACUGAAGGGACCUCUGCACGGGGGCGCCAACCAAGCAGCUCUGGAGAUGCUGCUCCCCUUGACCUCCAUUGAAAAGGCGAAGCAACGGCUGGAGGAAGCUUUUGCUCGUCGGGAGUUGGUUAUGGGCUUUGGACACCGAAUGUACAAAGACGGAGACCCUAGGGCCCCCUUGAUGCGCCAGCUGGCUGAGGCCCUGGCAGGCGCCCGCCUGCCCCACUCCGACCCGGAGUUGGUGCGGAUUGGGGCUUUCAUCGAGGAGCACAUGCUCAAGAGGAAAAACAUGCAUCCAAACGUCGACUUCUCAGCAGCUAUUGCAUACAAGCAGUGCGGGGUGCCCAUUCGGUUCUUCACACCUCUAUUUGCCAUUGCGAGGACCGCUGGCUGGGCGGCACACGUGCUGGAGCAGCGCGCUGUCAACAAACUCAUUCGGCCCACGUCUAUCUACAAGGGCCCCAGGCCUCGACCCUUCGUGCCCAUGGACCGUAGAUCCCCCUCAGCCAACCUGUAG